UAUUUUUAGCAUCCUGCUGUCAGGAUUAUAUCGGUGUCCAGACCCAUCCUGCGUCCGCAGCAUCAAGCAGGUUCCUGUUAAGGACCAGGCCCCAGAAAGUUGGAAACUACGUAGACUGGACUGGUAUCCUGGUUCCUUUUUGGGGUCAGAGUUACAACAAGGAAGGCUGGAAGAGUAUUUCUGGUGAAAGUUUGGAAGGAUACCAGCAUCGACCGCUUACCAUCUAAACAUCAGGAUGGCAGCCAACAUGAUGAUGGCUAAUACGACCUGGCGGCCACUAUGGCAGAUGGCUUUCGGAACAUUUCCAGUGGAAGAGUUUUUCACACCAAUGGGAGGAUCACUACUAUAUCUAACCAUUACGAUCCUCUCGGGCUUUAUCCUUAGAGCAUUAAGUAAAGUAAUUCUUCAUCCUGUAAUCAGUGAAUACGUUUGUGACUUCCUCGCCACUAUGGAAAUGUGCGCGUACUUUUAUGAAAAUAAUUUUAUCUUCAGCCAUUUCGGUCCAGUUUGGCUUUUCGUUGCGGUUGUUAUUGAAUGUAUAAUCGCCAACAGAACAUAUUUUGGUGCUUCUGAAAACCCAGUUAAAUCGCUGUAUUCAUUGUGUAUGAGAGAAAUUGGUCCUAUCAAGGCGGUUCUGAAGAUAGCUGUCCAGACUUUGGCUGGCUUGGCGUCCUACAAGUUUGCCCGUCUGGUGUGGUCAUUGGACAUGGUCCCCGACCACAGGGAGAGGUACUUUGAGACCAGCUGUGUGACAGACCUCAAUGUCACCCUACUGGCCGGUAUGGGGAUUGAAUUGGCUGCCACCCUCAUCGAUACCUGGCUUGGAAUGCAGAUUGUGAUGAGGAACUCGUUCAUCGACGAACUGAUCAAAGUUGGAAAUGGCGCCUUGAUGAUCGUUGUCGGUAUAUCGACAACUGGUAUGUACUUUAACCCCGCCAUGGCUACUGGUCACCUCCUGGGCUGUAAGGGCGCGUCUAAUCAGGAUCAUCUGAUCGUGUACUGGGUCGGACCAUUCAUCGGAUGCAUCAUCGCCCUUCUGUUUGACCGUGUCCUCCACAUAGACGUAACGAAACCCAAGGCCGUCGCCACCGAAAAGAAGAAGCAGUGACGGAAUUUCGAUAAGUUUUUACAAGAAAGUUUAACCUACAUUGUGUGCAGAAAUUUCAGUCAUAAUGUUUUAAAUUUCGUGGCAACUUAUGUUACAAAAAAUACCAAAAUAAAUGAACGAAAGGCAGUUAGCAUGUUAAUGAACCUGUUCAUGUCACUGUGCAUAUUCUAUUGCUGAUUGGGUCUACAAGUUGUGUAGCUAAUGGAAUGAUAUAGUUCUGCCGACUCUAUUACAUUAGGGCAGAUAGUCUAAAACGGUCUUAAUAUAGGAAUAGUAUGCACAUGUAAUAUUACAAAUGGCAAUUAAAAUAUUACGCCAAAAAUAGAAGAAAAUUGCGAUACUGUAUUUUGUCAGAGAUACGUUCAUAUGUUUUCGGUGAUUUGUUUUUAUAUUUUGUCUUGUCCACGAAACACUUCUUGUAUGUUAGAGUUUGCUCCCUUUAACAUUCCAUUGAGGGUGUUUUAAUAUGAAUUACCUCCCUUUCUAUUUAUAACUUUCCAUAUUGGAGUAGUUCGAUACUACUGACAAAUUGAUAAAAAUUCUGUGUAUUUCUCACACUAAGAAUUAAAUUACUGGUUAUAUUGUGUAUAGAUAGGAGUUAAUGCCUGGUUGUGCUGAACAUAACACUCUUAAAAUCCUCCCAUAGGUAUGCUGUGAUAUUGGGUUUUUCCUAUUAUAUUAUUAUGUGAAACACUGCUGAUGGCAUUUGGACUGUUAUUUUUUACUUUUCCUAUUAAAAUUUAACAAAAAUA